GACUGCUUCCGGCUAGAGGUUCCGGGAGGAGGAGGAAGCUGCGGCCGCCCGCUGUGGACGCCCUCAGCCCCCCGGGCAUUGCCGUAGGGCGUUCAGUUUUCCAUACUUGUGGCAAAACAAGCUGAGAGGAGGAACAGACACAGCCCUGGCAGUUGUGGCCCAGCCCUUGCUCUACAAACAUGGCAACCAAGGGGAACAAGAAGCGUCGGCAGUUCUCCCUGGAGGAGAAAAUGAAAGUUGUAGAAGCUGUAGACUCGGGCAAGAGGAAAGGCGAUGUGGCAAAAGAAUUCGGUAUCACUCCUUCUACAUUGUCUACAUUCUUAAAGGAUCGCGCCAGAUUUGAAGAAAAGGUGCGGGAAGCAUCUGUGGGACCUCAACGGAAAAGGAUGAGGAAUGCUCUUUAUGAUGACAUUGAUAAGGCUGUUUUUGCUUGGUUUCAAGAAAUCCAUGCCAAAAACAUUCUCGUGACUGGUUCUGUCAUUCGGAAAAAAGCGCUAAACCUGGCCAACAUGCUUGGCUAUGACAAUUUUCAAGCAAGUGUGGGCUGGCUGAACAGAUUUCGGGAUCGCCAUGGAAUUGCUUUGAAAGCAGUCUGUAGAGAAGAUAGUGGCAGACUAAUGAAUAGUUUAGGAAUAGAUAAGGUUAAUGAGUGGCAUGCAGGGGAAAUUAUAAAACUAAUUGCUGACUACAGCCCAGAUGAUAUCUUUAAUGCUGAUGAGACAGGAGUGUUUUUCCAGUUGCUUCCCCAGCACACGCUUGUAGCAAAAGGGGAUCAUUGUAGAGGGGGAAAGAAAGCAAGGCAGCGGUUGACAGCCCUCUUUUGUUGCAAUGCUUCAGGGACUGAAAAAAUGAGACCAUUGAUUGUUGGUAGGUCAGCUAACCCACGCUGCCUCAAGAAUGUCCAUUCCCUCCCUUGUGAUUACCGAGCCAACCAGUGGGCAUGGAUGACGCAGGAUCUAUUUAAUGAGUGGCUGAUGCAAGUGGAUGCCAGGAUGAAGCGGGCUGAACGCCGGAUCCUCCUGCUGAUCGACAACUGCUCUGCUCACAACAUGCUUCCACACUUGGAAAGGAUUCAGGUGGGGUAUCUGCCCUCAAACUGUACUGCCGUCUUGCAGCCACUGAAUCUUGGCAUAAUUCAUACCGUGAAAGUGCUGUACAGGGGCCACUUUCUAAAACAGAUCCUCCUCAAGCUCAACAGCAGUGAGGAUCAGGAAAAAGUGGACAUCAGGCAGGCCAUUGACAUGAUUGCUGCGGCCUGGUGGUCAGUCAAGCAGUCCACAGUGGUGAGAUGCUGGCAGAAGGCAGGCAUCAUCCCUGUGGAACUGACGGAAUCUGACACAGAAGCAGCAGCCAGUGAACCAGAUAUUGCCAUCGAAAAGUUGUGGCACUCAGUGGCUAUUGCCACUUGUGUCCCAAAUGAAAUAAAUUUCCAGGACUUUGUCACUGCAGAUGAUGAUCUCAUCAUCUCUCAGGAGCUGCUGGACACAGAGGUCAUCCAGGACAUGAGGGCUGGUGAAAAUACUGAUGAAGCUGGAAGUGAAGAUGACGGGGAGGCUUCUUUACCACAGCAGCCAAAAAUCACCCUCACAGAGGCCAUCUCAAGUGUACAGAAACUUAGACGGUUCCUUUCCACUUGUGUAGGUGUUCCUGAUGCCAUCUUUGGACAGCUAAAUGGCAUAGAUGAAUAUUUAAUGAGAAGAGUGACACAAACUCCUGUUGAUUCCAAAAUUACAGAUUUCCUCCAAACAAAAUAAUGUAGAAAUUAACUGACUUUUAAUUUAGAAGAUGUAGUUCACAAUAAUAAAUAUUUCUUUAGAUAGGAUAUUGAACUUAAAUUUUAAGUUCAUUCCAGGUUUCUGAAAUAACCAGGAAACUUACUUGAAUGGAAUUUGGGGACCAAGAAUUUUCAUUUCUAACAAGUGCCCGGGUGAUGCUGAAGCUUCUGUGAUCCGGGGUUCAUUCUUUGAGAACCACUGGUCUAGCUGGGUUCUAGCACUCCUCUCUUCAGUUGGCCAUCUGAAUACUCCCAAUCACUAACUGUCAAAAAAUCAAAAAAUAAAAAGCAUAAGCUGUUCAUACUCCAA